AUGUUGCAAGCUCUUCAAACCCUGUUCACCCUCCGCUGGACCCAACAGCCUCAAUUCCGCCCUCUGCCCUCUCACAUCACUCGGACAUUCGUACAGACACCAACAGGACCUUUGGAACUCCUCGUCUGCGAACCAAGAAAGCCAAGUACACGCAGCACCCGCCCAGCGAUCUCCUUCGUCCAUGGCGGAUACGGCUGUGCAAGCGUCUGGCUGGAUUGGAUGACCUACCUCUAUGAACACGACUACACAGGCCGGUUGUAUGCGUACAGCGUACGCAAUCAUGGUGCUAGUCAUGCCGUCUCUUACUUCCAGAUGGUGUUCAACACUUCGCUGGACGGCAUUACUAGCGAUCUCGUCGCUUGCAUGAAUCAUGCCCAGGAGCUGAAUGUGAACCAAAGUAUGACGAUCGUCGCUCAUUCCGCUGGAGGUGGUCUCGCUCAAUACGCCCUCGCCAAGGGCCUAAUCCGCGCCCGAGCACUGUGCCUUGUCGAUGCUGUGCCGCACUACGGUAUGGCCGACCUGUACUGGAACUGGUUCAAGCACGAUCCCUGGUUUCCUCUCAGAAGCCUGCUCCAUCUCGGCCAUCCCAGCUCUCCUCUGUACACGCCAGCGCUCGUCCAAGGGGCAUUCUUCGGAUCAAAGUUCGAUUCGCGAGACGUGGCGAGUUUUAUGCAGUGGAUGCCCUGUUACGAGAGUAUGGGAUGGCCUAUUGGCCAAUUCGGCGGCUUUUGGCGGUGGCUCAGAGGUCGCAAUGCCUGGCUAGAUAUCAAGGACAUACUCCGCCAUAUCGAAGUUUCGCGAGCUGAAGACGAGGACAAAGAUAGCAUCUGCCUGAUAGUUGGUCUGGAGGACAUGAUGUACGACGAAGGAAUGCGCAAGCGGGUGGCAAACGAGUAUAGGCAGUGCAUAUACGAUCUCGAGAGUUGUAAGAAGAUCGACAGACGUAGUUGUGGCGGUGCCGAAGAGAAGGUGGAGGAGUCGGAUAUCAACGGGAUUAUCUCAGAGCGAGAGAGAGGUGUUCGCGUGGUGCUUGUCCAGGACGCAGGGCAUCAUGUCCAGAACGAUGUGCAAAAGACCGACGCCGCGAGGGCUUUAUGGUCGUUUAUCCCGCUGCACAAGGGCAGCGGCGUGUGA